GUCCCCCUCAACAGUUACAAUUUAAAAUGUUGUUUACUUUUCUGAAUCUCAAAAUGCAUAGGUGUAGCACACAUGCUGGUGGCUAAUGCAAGCCAGUGUUUGAAUAUCCUCUUGGUCGCAAUAGCGAAGAUUAAGGACAUGUCAGACAAGAGCGUUGUGAACACUGCGUUGGGCAGGAUUAUCGGGGUGAAGAACCAGGUGUCGGAUACGACCAUUAUAACCGGUUUAUGGAUCUCAGGCGUAGUCGGCACUGCAGUCAUCAUACUCUUUUGCGUGCUUCAACGCGUGAGCCUGCUGUACAAGUACCGGUUGGUUGCCAACCAUGUACGGGUCAAGCCCCCAAAGCUGCGGGAGCGCGGUCUCAUCUCCUUCAUUGAUUGGGCCAUCAAGUCGAUAUCGGUGUCGGAUGUGGACUUCAUUCUCUCGGCCGGACUAGAUGCGCUGAUCAUGGUGAAGAUCUGUGCGCUAGGUGUGCAGCUGUUUCUACCCCUAUGCAUUCUGGGAACCGCAGUCCUCAUCCCGUUGCACUGGACUGGGGGCGCCUCCAAACAGCUGGACGCUUACCAGAGCGGAUUCAUGCGCCUCACAAUGUCCAAUAUCCCGCAUGGCUCCAAGGUCUUUUGGGUGCAUCUGGGUUUUGUCUACAUCUACCUGGGAUGGGCUAUGGUGCUGCUACACUGGCAUUACCACCAGUACCUCACCAUUCGCCAGCACUACCUGCGGAAAGGUGAUGACGUAAAUCUGUGGCGGGCUCUGUACGAAGAGCAAGGACGGCCGGAUCCGCCACAGGGCAAGGAACCUAGGGGCUCGGAAUUCAUCAACGGCCUCUUGCGCAGCGUGCAGCUGAUCAAGGCACUCAUGCCGUCGGGCGUGCCUGUCAGCGGGCCCACGUCCCUGCCUGCAGACGGCCGGGACGAGGAGGAUGAAGAUGAGGAAGAGGACGAGGGCUUUGCGAUGGGUGGCAUGCCAUUGCCGUUGGAGUUGAGGAGGACGACCCUGGGAGGCCUGGACCCAGUUGGGGCCCGGUCGCCGAGGGGCUCUGUGGACGGGUGCGGACGCGUGGUACACGUGCGAGGACAUGGGGAUCUUUGGGCGGGGGAGUGGAGCCAAAGCCGCGUACUGCAGCUCUCGGGGGCGCAUGACGCACCGACGGCCGGGUCGGGGACCUCAUCAAGGCUGUCCCGCCGGACUCUGGCCCAAGCAAUCCGCAACCGCGUUACCGGCUCUGGAAGCACCGUGUUGCGGGCCUCGGGGGCACAAGACCAUGGCAGCAGACUCAUCCACCGGGCCGCCUACAGCAUCGGACCCCGCGCGGUGGCGGCCCCUAGCGACCAGGCGCUGCAGCACAUGCGACCACAGCUCAGCCUUGACCGCGGAGGCAGGCGGGGCAUGUCGCCGGCCCGAGGGCAGUCCUACUUGAAGUCAAGCGAGCCGGUCAGCCUUCAGCUGAAGGAAAGCAGUGACGCCGCUGCCGGCUGCGGCCUCGGUCAGGAGGGGGCUACUGAUCUGGAGGCGGGGCUGGGCCGCAGCGUUCUGGGUGCGGACUCGCGCUCUUUGGCCCCAAGCCCUUGCUCCAUAGAUCGCAAAGGGUCGGGUCUAGACUCUGAUGCGCACCUGCUUGAGUGGUGGCUGGAGCGUCCGGAAGCGACCGUCCAGUCGCGCUCACGUGCGCUGCGGGCGCAGCUGGAGAAGGCGCUGAACGGGCGCGACAUGGACUUGAAACGGCCCAGCGUGGGCCACCGCAAGACGGUGAAUGCGGAGUUCUCGGACGGCACGCGCGUGGCGGUGCUGGCGCAGCACUACGCGGUGCUGGUGACGGACGUUACAUCGCGCAGACCGCGACUGAGCAGGCGGAACAGCAGGGGCCCCGCUCAGCCUACGUUGGUAACGCUGCCUGGCAGCGAGGCCGCUGACGCCGUCACUGAAGUGCAGGUUACCGGUCGUCGUCCAGCUGGAUGCUGCCUACCUCCAUGGCUUUGGAGCUGGUGUGACCUACAGUACGGUCACCAAGCCGCCCGCAAGCUCAACCCCAAGCUUCCGGCUACUCUGUCUGAGGAGCUCCUCGCGCCGGUCCCCAGCGGUGCCAACCGCACCAUUGCGAGCAUGACGGCGCUCGCCCGUGGGUCCACUCCAUACCACUGCUCCCCCCGGGGCUCGGGGGAUGGCCGUGUCGUGCCAGCUCUGCUGAGUGGUAACCGCACAUGCAGCGUCAAUACGCCCUCGCAUGCGCAGCCUCUCUCUGCGCUACAGACCACCUCAACCGCGGGUCGUAUCGACCUGAAUCCCGACUCAUCACCGAAGAUGGCCGGUCGGUGGCACCAGGCAGUGCGCGGUGCAGCGUUGCUGGGCCGGGCCCCGCAGGGGGGCACUUGGAGCGGCAGUGGCAGUGGCAGCGGCAGCGAGAGACUGAUUCGGCUGCUGGAGAUGAUGGCCCGGGAGGCGCAGGGAAAGCUCGCGGCAAUGAGCACAGGGAUCGUAUCGGCCAACCCGUCAUUGAGUCGCGGCAGUCCCAGCAGUCAUCACACCGGCACCGGCUCUGGCACUGGUACGAGCCACCCGGUGCCGACGUCGUCUGUCAGGGCUGUGGCUCUGCCCAGGUCCUUUGGUACUGGCCCCUCAUCAUCACACCAGCAGCUACAGCACCAGGGGGUGCCGCAUCGGUUCACGGAGCCAGGUCCCGCAGCAGCAGCUGCUAGUGGCGGACAGGCCGCGGCGCGCAGAGGACAGGCAGCAAGCCCGAGGGCAGGUAGCGGCCCCAUCAUCAUCUCUCCAAGGGUACCGGUAGGCGCAUCGCUUCGCGGGGUGGCGGCACUGGGACAGCGGGAGGGCCCAAGCACCAGCGGCACAGGCGCCGGUCCGGUGGCAGAGGCGUCGUUGGAGAUUCGUGAAGAGGGCCAAGCCGGGGACGCUGCCGGGAGUGAGGGCGUCAUCCAGGAGGGUAACCACGUCGCCGGCAGCGCAGGUGCCUCGGCGGCCGCUGGCGUGGGUGCCGGUGCGGGGCAGGAUGGCGGGCGAACGGUAGUAGAUGCAGCGACGUCGCAGCGUCAGGAAGGCUCACCACCAGGGGACGAGGUGGAAGCCAAUCCGGUAUCCCAGCAGCCAACCGAACGCGAACGCCUGCGCGCCGCUGCGCUUGCCGGAUGGGAGGUUGUACGGCAGGCGGUGUGGGACGGCCGCGUGGCGGAGCUGCCGUGGCGGUACCGUUACUCGGUGGUUUCCGCCACCUUCCUGCGGCUGUUCCCCGAGGAGUUUGACCGCGCCAUCCAGGUCGUCAAUUUCAAGGAGGUGGACCUGCUGCUGAUGGAAGUGGACAAGCACAUGGCGCAAUACGAGUAUGCCAUCAAGUACGAGGAAAAGACCGGGAAGCCGCUGUACGGGUGUCUUGGGUUUUGCGGGCUGGUGGGGGAGCGGUGCAGGGUGCGCGACCACCACCGCGACAAGAUCAACGACCUCCUGGUGCAGGUUCGGAAGGCGCGAGUGGCGGCUGCCAACAAGGCGCACACGCCGUCCUGGUUUGUGUUUUUCCGCACCCAGCGCGCCGCCGCCAUGGCGUCUCAGUGCAUCAUCCACGCGGAGGACAACCGGCAGUUCCGGGUGCACCCCGCUCCCGGCCCUGACGAGGUCAACUGGUCGGCCCUCUGGUCCAACUUCCGCGACCGCGACCUGCGGCGCAACCUGAUGCGCCCGCUGGUGGUGCUCAUGGUCGCCUUCCCCAUCGGCAUAUUCACCGGGGGUGUUACUCAGCUGGACUACCUGCUGUGUCCGGCACACCUCUGCGUGGGGUUAGAGAGCGGCUCCGAAGACUGGGUUGCGGCGGGCUGCACGGACGACAUCAAGGAGCGGGAGAGCGCGGAUAUCAAGACAAGGUGCACAUUGGCUGGGAAAACGCUGUUUGGUGUGGCGCAUGCGCCGAGCCAGCAGCUGUCCUGGGAGUGGUACUGCGGACAGAAGAACCCAAUUGCGAGGCUGCUCAAGCGGCUGGUGGUGGCCUGGCUGCCCUCCCUGCUGCUCAUCCUGUGGCAGGGCAUGGUGCUGCCGCUGUUCUUCACAUUCGUGGUGCAGAUCAGUCGCCAGGCCCGGUCUCUAUCGGAGGCCGACCGCUACAUCGCCAAGAACAUGUUUUAUUUCGGUGUCUUCAACGUUUUCCUGGGCGGGGUGGCGGGCAGCACCAUCAUUCAGGGUAUCAACUCGGCCAUUGAGAAGGGCCCAAGUGAAAUCUUCAAUUUGGUCGGCACAUACGUGCCCACCUCGUCCAACUUCUUCAUCAACUACACCAUGUUUAGGGUUUUUGUGUCCGUCCCGGUGCGCAUGCUGUGGCCCCACAUCGGAAUCCGCAUGUACCUCAUCCGGCGGUACCUGCGGCUCUCGUGCAUCAUCACGCGUCGCGAAAGGGCCUUCCUCAUGGCUCCGGUGUCGCCGCGAUAUGGGUUCGAGGUGGGCAUGGUGAUGAUAAUCUUCCUGAUUGCCUUCGCCUUUAGCGUGGUGUCCCCGCUUCUGAUGCCCAUGGCGAUGCUCUUCUUCGCCAUCUCCUGGCUCUUCUGGCGCUGGGCGCUGCUCUACGUCUACGUACGCAAGUACGAGGGUGGCGGCACCAUGUGGCCUUUCGUCUUCAACCGGGUGCUGGUCUGCCUGGCCAUCUUCCCCGCCUUCACGGCAUGCGUCUUCGUCACGAAGCACGCGUAUGCACAGGCUAUUGUGCUGCUGGUUACCGUCCCUGUCAUCCUGGUCCGCUUUCACAAGUACUGCUACUACAGGUUCGAGACGGGUCUCCAGGCAAUGCCGCUGGAGGCCACGGUGGCGGCCCCACCCGCUCGCGUGGAGCCCUGGGUGUACACGCCGCCGCCGUUGCUCAGCAACCUGGCCGGGUGGCACCCCGACUGGUCCAAGUGCUGGAUGGGCUGGAACAUGCCCGUCAUGUACGGGUAA